AUGAGCGCUCUGUCGUUCGGAUUACUCACCGGGAUUGUGAGCUUCUCGCAUAUCUUUUGUUCUACGCGCUCAACGAGUCUGCAGGCCGGUUACGCUGUGCUCCACAAUUUUCGUGUCAGAGGCGACGUGAUCCUGUUCUUUGAGCUGAGCCUGUUUGCGACCCUCAGCUUCAUUGGCAAGGGAUCCGAUGAACUCAUCCGUGACGGGCUGCUCUUUGCCUUCCGCACCAUCUGCAUCCAUAGCGCUGUUAUGCUUGCCUGCACCGCUGUGUACCGCCUGUCACCGUGGCACCCUGUUGCGCACGUUCCGGGCCCUAUUUAUUAUAAACUCGGGGACAUAUGCUAUACAUUUGUGGUGGCGUCCGGAUGGCGACAUGAAGUCGUCCGCGGCUUGCACAAAAGAUAUGGGGACUUUGUCCGCAUAGGUCCAAAUACGGUGUCGAUCAACAACCGUGCUGCCAUCGGCCCUAUCUACGGGAGCACGCAGCGAGAUCCGGCCGGCAUCGUGGAUUUGUCUACGGCAAUUGAGCAUUGGUCAUAUGACUUCAUGGGAGAUUUUGCGUUCGGACAUAGUACCCAAUUGCUGAUGCGAAACGGCGAUCCGGAUCGUCUCGUGGAGGCAGGGAAGCAGUCUACAGCCCUAUUCGACAUACUAGGGACUCUGCCUUGGCUGUACGAAAUUCUGAGUAGGUUCGGAACACCUUCUUCAUUGUUACGACUUUACAAGGCCGCGUCACACAUGCUCGACCUCCGGCAAUUGAGGGGAAGCGAAUUGCAAGACGACACUACCGAUGUGUCAUCUUGCAACCUCUCGCGAGACGAGCAGCUAUUGGACGCAAUUUUUGCUAUACAAGCUGGAUCUGACACCAGUGCAAAUGUGCUUCAGUACACUUUCUUCUUCAUUGCCGCUCACCAGCAAUGCUUGAAGAAGCUGCAGGCGGAGUUGGACGAUACCUUCCCUAACAAGGAUGACAUACUAGAUCUGGACCGACUCGCUUCCUUACCCUAUCUUAAUGCCGUGAUCAAUGAGUGUUUGCGGUUGGGAACACCACUCUCUGGGCUUCCUCGCGUUACUCCCGCCAGUGGAAUUACUGUUAAUAAUAUACACAUCCCUGCCGGAACUGUUGUAUCCGUUCCAAACUACACUCAGCAACUUGACCCCCGGAAUUUUGCGCCCCUCACCGAGGACUUUGUUCCAGAGAGAUGGGUCGGAGAAGGGCUCGGUCCCGGGUCUACUCUGGAGCCUGGUUGCAUUCUUUCAUUUUCAUUCGGGCCUUUCGGCUGUAUCGGGCGUGGACUCGCCAUGCAAGAACUGCGUGUUGUGGUGGCCUACCUUGCCCUUCACUUUACACUAACAUUUCCGGUUGGAUUCGAUCCUCACAUUUAUCGCGCUCACAUCAGAAAUAUCCGCACAACAUUCUUCCCAACUCCCCUGCAUGUAGUACUUGAGAGCCGUUGA